AUGGCCUCCCAGCCCCCGGGCGCCCCCAGCUCCGCAAAAGCCCUGGACCAGGAUGGGAAGACAGCGCUCCAGAGAAGUAACGUGCAGCUGUCCUCGCUCCACAUCCGCGACGGCGCGCAUCGGCCCUGCAAGCUGCCCUGGGUAGCCCUGGUCAGGGCCUGCGGCCGCUUCAAGCUCUCACUCUCAGAGGCGCGGCGGGGCCGGCUGCUGCCCUCGCUUAACCCCCUGGCCGUGGGCAAUGACUUGCCACCGCCGGAGAAGCACUGGAUGCCUGAGAAGGCAGCGUUCUGGGGCGACCAGGAACCCCUCUCCAAGAUCCCAUUUAAAAUUAUGAGGGGACACCAGCACAUUGUGAGUUCCUGCCACUUCUGUGUGGAUGACACAAAGGUCCUCAGUGGCUCCUAUGACUGCGCCGUGAAGCUGUGGGAUGCCGUGGAUGGAUCUAUUGUUCGGAAUUUUGAGCCGGGGCCCGGAGCUCCUGUUUUAGAAUGCAGCGUCACGGCUGACAGCAGAAGAAUUAUUGCAGCAUCUUAUGACAAAACAGUGAGGGCUUGGGACCUUGAAACAGGCAAGCUGCUGUGGAAGCUCAGUCAUGAAACCUUCAUAGUCUCCUGUAAGUUUUCCCCCGAUGGUAAAUACGUGGUCUCAGGCUUGGAUGUGGACCGUGGAAUCUGUAUAACAGAUGCGGAAGACACCACCACCGUGUCCCACAUCAAAGAUCAUCACGGGAUGUCGGUCACAGCAUGCUGCUUUGACCCAGACAGCCAGAAGGUGGCUUCCGUCUCACUGGACAGGAGCAUCAAGAUCUGGGAUGUGACAUCCCAGGCCACGCUGCUCACCAUCCCCAAAGCACACACCAAUGCAAUCUCAAACUGCUGUUUUACCUUCAGUGGCCAUUUCCUGUGUACAAGCUCUUGGGAUAAAACCUUAAAAAUAUGGAACGUCCAUACAGGGGAGUUUCGAAACCGUGGAGCCUGUGUGACUCUGAUGCAGGGUCAUGAAGGUUCCGUGAGCUCCUGCCACUUUGCCAGAGACACCUCUUUUCUUGUGUCUGGAGGGUUCGACAAGACUGUGGCUAUUUGGGAUGUAGGAGAAGGCUACCGGAAGCUCUCCUUGAAGGGCCAUAAUGACUGGGUGAUGGAUGUUGCCAUUAGCAAAAACAAGAAAUGGAUCCUGUCUGCUUCAAAGGAUAAGACCAUGAGACUAUGGAAUAUUGAAGAAAUUGACCAAAUUCCUUUGGUAAUCGAGUACAAAAAGGCCCGGGGCUUAAAGCUGAAACAGUGUGAAGAAUGUGACAGGCCUUUCUCCAUCUACGAAAGUGACAUCUUUUCUGAAACAGUCACCAAAUGUGUGUUCUGCCGGAUUGAAGCAAAAGACUUGUCAACAGAGGCCUCACCAUCAUCAGAAGGGAAGGUCUCACGGUCAAGGGAGUGCAGCCGGGCGUGCGGCCGAAGAGGGCAACCGGCCUCCCAGGCUGAGGGCGCCAGUGUGAUGGGUCCGACGCGUGGUCACUGCGGGACCACGGCCGGGUUGAGCCCUGAUUCGACGCCGGGGAGCCGGCAGCCCGGCCGCACUAGCGGGCCCUGGAUCUCCGGACUGGGCCGGGGCUCGGCCUCGCCGGACAGCUUGCGUCAGUUCUGGAGGGCCGAAGACCGGAUCUUGCGCGAGCAUCCCCCAAAGAUGGGCCACACUGGCUCCACGGCGGGGGCGGACACUACAACACUGCGAAGACUAGCCCGCCCGGGCCCGCCCACUGCUCACUGCCCGAGCUUCCGGCUUCCGAUUCCUCCUCGCUUUGAGGGUGUGAGGGGGAGCUUAAGAAGCCAAUUUAAUCCCCCCCCCUGCCCGCGGCGGUGUGGGGCGCUGGCCCUCCUCGGAGUCAGCCCCUAG